AUGUCUUGUGACGCAUGUCGAACCCUACCCCCGGUGAUCCCUCAAGGAUACACCACCAAAGGCGCCUAUAAGGAAGUUGCCGGCCUGAACACCUGCAAGUCACACACAGAUCCACAAGAAAAACAAGCUCUGACCUUCCUCAGAUGUUACUGGCCCACCGGAUGCGUCCACGGGGCUUGUAGUCCUCUACGACAUCUUUGGCAUGGCCAUCCAGACCCUGCAGGGGGCGGACCUUCUAGCUACAAGAUUGAAUUCCUUAGUCCUGGUGCCCGAUUCUUCGAAGGGAAUUUUGCCCAGGCCGAAUGGUUCCCGACAGACACAGAAGAGAAGAAAAACGCCAUCGCGAGCUUCGUCUCCAAUGAGGCCUCCAUCCCGAGGAACGUGGACACUCUGCUAGAGAUAACUAAGCGGUACAACACGCUAUUUCCGUCUGUGUCCAAAUGGGCUGCACUGGGGUUAUGCUGGGCUUCUGGACCCGGUACACCGUUCGUAGCUACUGGGCAAGUUCAUCCCGGUCGGGCUGACAAAACGGAUGCUGAGAAACUUGCAAUUCCCCAUAUCGUACUUGCAUCCAAGGAUGAGCCGGCGGAGGAAAUCCAAGGUUAUACCGAUGUCAUCAGCACGAAUGGUAUCGGCGGCCAUGUCGAGACAUACAGCACCAUGUGGCAUGGCUGGAUGGGAGCCCGUGCCAACCUGGACAGUGAAGAAAGCAAUGCUGAAUACAGACGAGGGUAUACCCAGGUUGCAGACUUCUUUGAGAAGUAUCUCAAGUAA